UCCGGUGCGUGCAGUGCCAGCUUGACGCAGAGGUGCUGUCGUCCGCCUGCAGCAUCCGAGAAAUAACGGGCUAAAGCCAGCGGAUUUAUCCCGGGUUAUAUCUGCGGAAGAUGGUGGCUAAACAGAGGAUCCGCAUGGCCAACGAGAAACACAGCAAGAACAUCACGCAGAGAGGAAACGUGGCCAAGACGCUGCGACCACAAGAGGAAAAGUAUCCUGUGGGCCCCUGGUUGCUCGCCCUCUUUGUCUUUGUUGUGUGUGGAUCAGCCAUAUUUCAGAUCAUUCAGAGCAUUCGGAUGGGGAUGUGAUUCAGAAGGAGCCUCCGGACCCCUGCCCCACCCCCCCAUACCCUCACUGAGCCUGGCUAUCCCGCGCCUGCACACCGCCGAACCCCCUCCAGAGGCCCAGAGACUGACAGCAGAGGUUCAGACCCUCAGAGAAAGAGAGAAGCUUCCCUGACCUCCACCUCCCUCCUCCCUGUGAUCAGUGUUUACAGUGUUUACAGUCUGUGGUACUGACAGCUUUUCUAUGGACAAGUCGAAAAACCACGGCGGCUGGAGAACAUGCGCGUCUCAUCACUCACUUGGCACCUGUGUUCGUGAAAGUGUGAGACUGUGUGACAAUGUGCCAUAUCUGUCUGUGUUCGUCUGUGUUGAACCUUUUUUCAAAUAAAUGUCGAGCAUUUAGCGAGCAGCCA